CGAUCCCCUGGUCGCCAUGGUGCGCCAUGGUGGGCCAUGUGGCCCGGGGCGUUGCUUCAGCUGCAAGAUUUGCAAGAGGCAAGGCUCGAAUGGAAUGUGGUGCAUUUCAAUGUGUGCAUCAGCGGUCUCGGAAGGGAUGCUGCAUGGUCAACGGCACUUCGGGUGCUGUCAGAAAUUUCCCUGCAGUCGCUGCAGCCCAGCCUCAUCUCCGGCAGCUCCAGCCUGGCCGCGCUGGCGAAAGCCCAGCAGUGGCCCGGGGCGCUGCAGCUGAUGCGGGUGAUGCAGGCCGAUGUUCUCGAAACCAAUGUCAUGACCUUCACCUCCAGCAUCAGCGCCUGCGAAGGUUGCGGGGAAUGGCUGCAAGCCUGUCGGCUUUUAGCCGAUGCAGCGAAACACUCCGUGGAAACGAAUGUGUUCACCGGCAGCGCUGGCAUCAGUUCAUACCAGAAAGCAAGUCAGUGGCGAUCGGCUUUGCAGUCCUACAAGGACAUGAGGGCAGAGUCCAUGGAACCCAAUGUGGUCACCUGUAGCGCAACCAUUGCUGGCUGUGAGAAAGCGAGCAGCUGGGACCAGGCUUUGCAAUUUCUGUGGCACGUGGCGGAUGCAGCGGAUGCCGGGUCCAAGGGGCCUAAGCCCAAUGUGAUCACUUACAACUCAACCAUCAGUGCCUGUGUGGCACGCUGGCAGCAUCCAACCAUGCUUCUGCAGGACAUGUGCAGCGAAAUGAAAGGGAAGCCGCGCGCAGAUGUUGUAUCCUAUAGUGCCGUGAUGAGUGCAUUUGCAACUUCCAGCCGUUGGGAAGACGCCUUGGCCCUGCUUGCCAUGAUUGAAGAAAUGCCACAGCUGGAGCCCAACGUCGUGACAGUCAAUGCGGCUGUAAGUGCAUGUGAACGAGCGGGUCAGUGGCAACACGCCCUUCGAUUGCUGGUGCAGUUCCCCGCACCCACAGUUGUGACCUAUGCAUCUGCCAUUAGCUCUUUAGAAGAAGAUGCCUUGUGGCAAUGGGCGCUGUCCCUGCUGACCACGGCCGUCAAUCAAGGGGUCCAACUCAACGUGGUGGCAUUCAACGCGAGCAUCAGCGUUUGUGAGAAGGCCGGUGCUUGGCAACAUGCCACUACCGUGCUGCAUGGGGCAAUAUCUGGAGCCGUGACCCCAGACACCAUCUCCUACAACGCGAGCAUCAGUUCAUGUCGUCUCUUGGGCCAAUGGCGCACUGGCAUCCUCCUGCUGGAAAUGCUGCACAGUCACAGUGGGCAACCCAGCGUGAUAACCUACAACUCCACUGUCAGCGCUUGUGAGAAGUCUCUAGAAUGGAGGCAAGCUUUGUGCUUGUUGAGCUCAGUUGACCUUUCAUGGCUGCAACGAAAUGUCAUUACAAACAGCUCCGCAAUCAGUGCCUGUGAAAAAGUUGCAGCAUGGCAGAGUGCAUUGAAAGUCUUGUUCGAUAGCAUUUGCUGGGGUAGCCAACGUCCCAACCACGCCACCUACAAUGCAGCACUUUGCGCAUGUGAGCGCUCCACCCGCUGGCAGCAGACCCUGUUGUUGGCCACUCCCUCUGUCAUCGCCUGCCUCGCAACGGCCAGGGCCUGCGAAGCUGCGAAGCAGUGGCCACAGGUGCUACAAGUGCUACGGACCAUGCAGAUCCAACGAGUUCCUCCUGACGUCUCCACCUGCAGCAGUGCUGUGUCGGCCUGCCAGGCCGCGAGCGCUUCCCCCACGGCGCGGCUGCUGGAAGUGGUGGCUGCCAUGGCGCCCGCUGUCACGCGCGAGACUAGCGAAAAAGGCCGUGCUGAAGUUAAUGGAAAUGUCUGGCAAUGUGAACCUGUUCCAACUGGGUUCUUGGGCAUUGUGAAGUGA